AUGGCAGGGACAGUACCUAUGACACAAGAGGGAGAACUCAGAGGUAGUAGAAACGAAUAUAUCCAUUGGAUUCAAGACGUCCCUGACCAAAGAGCAAUUGUGCGACAGUACAUGCGAUAUGAACACGAGAUUCGAACGCCCCAUAAUGCCAAACAAAUCGUCCUCCGGAGCUUACAAUUUGCAACUUCGUCGCCUCAAGGACCGGUAUAUCUAAUCGCAGCACGUGAGACGUUGGAAGCUGAAGCGGCUCAAGAGGCAAAACUCAAACCUUCACAGAAUCCUUCGAUGAACACCGCUCUAGAGCCGACGGGAUUGUCUCCAAACGCGCUCAACGAGCUAUCAGAGGUUUUGCUGGGCGCUUCGCGUCCUCUCAUCGUCACAAGUUACUGUGGUAGAUCAGGGGAAGGCUUCCGGGCACUGAAAGACCUGGCAGAGCUGCUUACAAUCCCCGUGCACGAGAACGCACCGAUAUACAACAAUUUCUCCACAACCUCAUUCUUACAUCAAGGCCAUCAGUGGAACGGCGGUGGGCAAUUACCAGCACUGGCCGAAGCGGAUGUCGUAGUCGUGAUCGACUCUGACGUGCCCUGGAUCACGGCUCAAUCCAAACCGAAUGAAAGUGCAAAGAUAUACCAUCUCGAUUGUGAUCCUCUCAAAGAGGGUACGACAUUGUGGACACUGCCAUGCGAGAAAAGAUGGAAGUGUGACUCGGGCUUCGCAUUGAGGCAACUCGUCGACACCAUCGUCUCAAAGAACCAAAUACGGACACAAGAAUUGCAGCAGCGGAUCGAGGCGAGAAUAGCCAGUCUGAAAGAACGAUUCGAAGCUAGACGAGCAAGACUGAACAAAGCCGAAUCGUCUCUCGGGCCAUCUGGAAGACUCACCGUUCCUUACUUCAUGGCCCACCUGCGCAGCGCAUGUUCAGGCCUCCACGUGGUCGGGUUGAACGAAUCCACCACCAACCUAGGCAACGUGGCAGAUCAUCUACGCCAUUCCGAAUCUCAUACUCUGAUAGGCAGCGGCGGCGGCGCGUUGGGUUGGUACUCUGGUGCGGCCGUCGGUGCGACCCUGGCUCUCCGUUCCGCAGGUCGCGAAGAUGACUUGGUCGUCGCUUUCACGGGAGACGGGACGUGGCUGUUUGGCGUCCCGAGCUGUGCGUACUGGAUGGCCAAAAAGUACGAGACACCCUACCUCACCAUCAUCUGGAACAAUGGUGGGUGGUCGAGCCCCAAGAACGCAUGUCUACGUAUCCAUCCUGAAUUGGGACAGACGGCAUCUAAUGCUCGUGGCAAAUCGUCGUCGACGGACGGGGUGAGUUCUCUGGCGGAACGACUCAUGGUUGGAAUCGAUCCUUCACCUGCAUUUGGUAAAAUUGCAGAAGGCGCGGGAGGUGCUUGGUGGAGAAUCGCCACGAGACCGGAAGAGGUGGAUGAGAUUUGUCGCGAGGCUAUAAAUGUCGUGCGCAAGGAGAAGAGGUGUGCGGUCAUAGAAGUUGUCAUUGAUAAGAUUUAA